GUAAAUAAUUUUACUAUAUUGACCUCUGCUUAUCAAUUUUGUUUAGAUUUAAGUUUUUGUAAAAUAACAGCUUCUUAAACAUUACCUUGAUUUGUAAAACCUCAUUUAUGUAUGUGAUUUCAGACAUGUGUCAGCACCUAAACCAGACUUCCUCUCACCGUGUUUGGGAUGCGAUGUUCCCGGAGACUCUCGAAGAGGGUCUCCAGAUCCCAAGCACCGAGAUCCACCCAGAUCAGCCAACUGCCAUGCAGAGGCUUGCAGAGCCCUCACUGAUGCUUAAACACGCCGUCGUGAACCUGAUCAACUACCAGGACGACGCGGAUCUCGCCACAAUAGCGAUUCCCGAGCUGACCAAGCUCCUUUGCGAUGAUGAUCAAGUCGUAGUCAGCCAGGCGGCCAUGAUGGUUCAUCAGCUCUCCAAAAAGGAGGCAAGCCGCGCGGCGAUCAUGAACUCGCCACUUAUGGUGGCGGCGCUUGUGCCACUCAUGAGCGACAAAAACGAUUCUGAGACCACGCGCUGUGCGCUGGUUACCCUUCACAACCUGUCCCACCACAAACAGGGGCUCUUGGCCAUAUUCAAGUCUGGGGGAGUCCCAGCUUUAGUCAAGCUGCUGAGCUCGUCAGUGGAUUCUAUGUUGUUCUAUGCCAUCAUCACGCUCCACAACCUCCUCUUGCACCAAGAUGGCUCAAAAAUGGCGGUACGGCUGGCGGAGGGGGGGGGGGGCCUACAGAAGAUGGUGGCCCUGCUGCAGAAGAACAACGUGAAGUUCCUCGCCAUCACCACCGACUGCUUGCAGAUUCUUGCCUCCGGCAAUCAGGAAAGCAAGCUGAUCAUCCUGGCUAGCGGUGGCCCAAGCGAGCUUGUACGACUGAUGCGCUCGUACACAUACGAGACGUUGCUAUGGACAACAUCUCGUGUCCUCAAGGUGCUCUCUGUGUGCCCUAGCAACAAGCCAGCUAUUGUUGAGGCUGGUGGCAUGCAGGCCCUGGCCAACCAUCUGGGUCAUGAAAGCCAGCGCCUUGUGCAGAACUGUCUCUGGACACUGAGAAACUUGUCUGAUGCUGCCACCAAAUGUGACAGCAUAGACAACCUGCUGCAAAUGCUGGUGCAGCUCCUUUCGUCAAACGACAUCAACGUGGUGACCUGCGCCGCGGGCAUCCUCUCCAACAUCACCUGCAACAAUAUGCGCAACAAGAUGAUCCUGUGCCAGGUUGGAGGUAUCGAGGCCCUUUUGCGUACCACCCUGCAGGCUGGGGACCGGGAGGACAUCGCUGAACCUGCUGUACGUGCAUCACGUCACCUGACAUCACGCCACCACUACUCGGAGAUGGCCCAGAACGCAGUGCGACUCCACUAUGGCCUGCCUGUGCUCGUGAAACUUCUCCACCCACCUAGCAGGUGGCCACUCAUCAAGGCGGUUGUGGGUCUGAUCCGUAACCUCGCGCUGUGCACGGCCAACCACGGCCCCAUUAGAGAGUACGGCGCGCUGCCCAGGAUCGUUCAGCUUAUGAUCAGUGCGCACCAGGAGACACAGAUGCGUGCUUCUAUCAGUUCCAAUGGCCAGGGUUCAGGCUACGUGGACGAUGUCUGCAUGGGUGAGAUUGUAGCGGGAACCGUCGGCGCCCUGCACAUCCUCGCGCGGGAGGCACACAACCGCGCAGUCAUCCGGGGCCUAAACUGCAUACCCCUCUUUGUAAAGCUGCUGUGCUCGCCUGUUGAGAACAUCCAGCGUGUUGCGGCAGGCGUUCUGUGUGAGCUGGCGUCGGACAAGGAGGGCGCCGUGCUGAUAGAGCGGGAGGGCGCCACCGCACCGCUCACUGAACUGUUCCACUCGAGGAAUGAUGGAGUCGCCACAUACGCUGCAGCUGUGUUGUUCAGCAUGUCUAAUAACAAGCCCCAGGCCUACAAGAAGCGUCUCUACAGAAGAUAUAUACAACAUAAUCCAUAAUAAUUCUGUAAUACAUUUUAUUUAUUCGCAUUAUAACUUAACAACAUAUUCAAUCUAUAUGCAAGUGGUAAACAUAUAUUCAAAAUUUUCAAUGAAGAUCUGUACAAAUGAUCUGUGAUUUUAUCGAUUUUGAUUGGGUCUUGGUACAACUCACUAUAUUUAUGGUCUGACCAUUUAGUUAUUUCAGUAUGUACUCAUAAACUCAAAACUUAUUUUAAAAGAAAAAGAAAAUGAAUCAGUGUCAUGGUGAUCACACAGAGCAUUUUACUACACCGCAAAAGCGAAGAUUAAAUGUAAGUUAUUCAUAUCUGUGGGUUCCUUUAAAUAAAUUUUCCUCGUAAAUUAGCCAUAAGCAAUAUACCAGACUGGACGGUUAGUUUAUUAAUUGAAAGAUCAAUGGAAAUCAACAUUUAGUUAAUUAUGUGCUUAUAUUAAUUAUUAACGUUGCUUAUAAAUAAAUAAAUAGCACAUGUAUUAUUCUAAUAUAUGUGAUUUAAUGAAUAAGUAAUCGACUAGGCUGGUCUCUAAACUACGUUUGAUAAAAGAGUUAUUCAUCACAAUCUCGUAAGAUAUAACAUAUAUAAAUGAAAGUAAUGAACAUGUUUUAGUAAUAAUUGAACUGUUUGUUCACCUGCGGUCUCAUGAUAUCUUGCUUGUUUCUUUUACAUUUAAACAUAGCACAGGUAGGCCUUGAUAAGCUAUGCUGCGUUUGUAUUAUGCACGGACGGUCUCUUGCCAGUCGUUGAAGGGGCCUUUUCACGUUUUGGUAAAUUGACAAAUUUAAAAACAGUUGUUUCAGAUUCGCACAUGUUCGUUUGAGUUAUGCUAUUUGUGAGGAAACAUUAAUACUGAACAUUAACCAUGCUCUAAAAUAGCCAUUAUAUGCAUCUUACGACGAUUUAAAAACAUGAAAAUUAUAAAGAGUUGCAACGCGAAACGAUUGAAUAAGUUGGAAAGUUAUUUUGUUGUCGGUAUAUCUUGUGAAAUUACGAAGAUUUCUUAUUUAAAGUUUUAAAUACAUCAUUCAUUGUGUCAGCGCGGAUGGCCGAGCGGUCUAAAUGGUAGACAUUUACUCAAGGUCUCCAGGGGUCAGUGGAUCGAGCCCUGUUGGGGGUUACUGUUUUUUUUAUAAUUUUUUACUGUUACUCUUGGUGUUUUAUUAGAGCUGUUUAAAUCCAAUUUUUACAUUUAUCAAUAUAAAGCAUUUAAUUACAAACUUUUAUACAUGCCAAAAUCUGUAAAAAUGCCUCUUUAAACUCCAAGUACUUCACUUAAUGUCCAGUUUUCACUGAUUCGUUGAACGGAACAGGCUCCGACCACAUGGACUGUGGAAUGCCGACCCCUUUGUCGGCCAGUCUCAGUGAUCUGUGUCGCUUUCGAAUCGCAAAA